AUGUCGAACUCGGACCUUAUCAAGGGUAAGCCAUUUUAUUAGGACAAAGAACAGUUGAGCAAAAACCAAAAACUUUGAAAUUCGAUAUUUACACUCUUAUACUUUUGAACUCCCAAUCGAACAAAGCUCGAACAUCUAAAGCUUCUUGAGACUACGGUAGUUUUUCUUGUCAAAGUCACCAAGUACCAAAUAGUACCGAUUCCGAUCUAGAUAAGAAGGUACAGAGUCUCUAGGUCAUUCGUAGACUACUACAAUGCCCUUCUUCGUGUACCAUUGGAUGCCUUUCACCUUCUUCUUCUUCUUCUUCUUCUUCUUCUUCUUCUUCUACCUCAGCUUCUUGUUUCACCUUCAAACUGACCACUCUCUGAUGAUACGUAUCUCAAUUCCCAUCACUCUGCGUCUCUUCCUCUCGCCCGCUCUUUCUCUCUCUCUCAAAAAGUGCAUCUUCUCAUUUUCGUUUUUCGGCACUCCUCCCCGUGCCCUCGCCGACCCACAAACCCGUUUUCAUCGUUUUUCUGUGUUGGUUUUGUUUCUUUCUUCGUAGGUUAUUUAGUAAGUGAGCAAUGAAAUGAGCACAGUUUUUUUUUGAAAGUAAGGAAAGAGGAAAGCGCUUUGUUUGAGUGUAAUUUGAGCGUUCGUGGCGAAAUUUUUGAUCUAGGAAGUUGUGUUAUGCACUCUAACUCAUCAGACAUGUUUUUGUAUGGGAAAACAAGUCCUGAUAGUUGUGAAAUAAGCAAACUUCUGCGCAGAUAGUGCAACCGAAUGAUCUCUUGAUUCACAUGAAAAAACUCUAACUUUCUGUACUCAAUUGUAUAAUUUCAGGCGAGUACGACUUGUCGAACGCAGAGAACUUUAACAUCAUCCAAUUCCUGCGCGACAACGACGCCGAGUACGAGACAACCGAAGAGGACGGAUCGAUGGUCUCGCCGACGUCUUCGGCCGGCUCCAUGCAGAACAACAAUAACAACAACCGCGGAGCCCAGCUGAUGCUUCAACAUCCGCGACAGCCUCCGAAUCCCAAUGCCACCGCCAUUUUCUCGGUAAGAACGCGCGUUCAAUUGCGCAAGCGGUCGUAAUUGACUGAUUGAUAAGGAAGCGACGGGGAGGGAAUGCGACAGAAAAGCCUUGAGAAGACGAAGAAAAAGAGAGAUUCGAAUGGGAUAACCUUGAGCUUUCACUUCUCUUGUCUACUCAAGAAGAUUCGCUUUGGCUUUGCAGAAAGGGUUUGCAUCUUGAGAAGGGACAGAAUACAGUAGAUUUAAAGGGGCGGAACUUUCUUAUUAGCAUUCUCAAUAAAGUCUAGCUUACACUGUUCUUCCUAAAUAAAUCAUCCACUAUUUCAGUCGCGUCGUCUCCCGGACUCCCCGCCGAUGACCGAUCUGUGCGGCAAUGCCUCUUCGGCCUCCUCCUCCUCGCACCACUCCGAUCCAAUGUUCUCUCCCAACGAGUUCAACAGCUACAAUGGCGCCAACAACAACCCGGGCAUGAUCCUGGGGGUCCAUGGAAUACCCCCCAACAUUCCUCAACAAGCCCAGCAGCGAGCAAUGAUGGCUCAGCAGCAACAGCAGAAUCAGAAUCAAUUCUGGAGCCAGAACAACGGACAGAACCAGAACCAGCCGCCAAACUCUCAAAUGCAGGCUAUGAAGGUGUCGCCGCCGUACUCGGGAACCAUCGAGAAUCUGUACAACAUGCUCCAAGGCAACGACAACGGAAUGGCGAGCCCUGUGCUCGAUGAGCCGUCGAACAGGAAGAGAAGUCGGAUGGAUACUCCAUGUGAGACGCCGCGCAAUCUGCAGAACUUUGUGCAGAACAUGGGCGCCGACGCCUUCGGGGACGAGAACUACAACCAUCAGCAGGCAAUCAAGUUCUCAAAGUUCCAGGAGGAGCAGUGGAACAGCCUCUACGACAUCAACGGACGCGAAUUGCAGCAGCUUCAAGUGCACGUGGUCGCCGACAAGGGAUUCAACUACAGCAACACGGACAACUGCUUCGUGAACCAGAAGAAGAACCACUUCCAAGUGUCUGUCCACGUGGAGGCUUCUGAUUCGAUGCCGCCCAAGUACGUGUCCUACAACAACACCCUCGUCCCGAUCCGUGACUUCAAACUGGCUUUCUGUGGAGUCAAGGCCGAGAUGACGACGUCUGAAAUCUGCAUUCGCCAGUCUCGCGCCGAUCGAAGACCACACCCUCACACGCCAGUGCUCUUCGAGAUUCAAGAACGGCGAAUGACCAAAGUGACAGUACCACGUCUUCAUUUCUCGGAGACCACCCUCAACAAUCAGCGAAAGAAGUUCCGAUCGAAUCCAGAGCAGAAGUACUUCCUUCUCGUUGUGCGGCUCUUCGCCAGCAUUGGAGACGAGAGUGUGCUCAUUCAAUCGUAUGGCUCCGAGAAGGUCAUCGUGCGAGCAACCAACCCGGGAAGUUUCGAGCCUCCAGAUUCGGACGUCGCCUGGCAGAGAAACGGAGGAGCACUGUUCACUGCAGGAGCAGUCGCGAUCGGAACCGACCGACCAGUUGAGACCGCUCGUUUGACAGUGGCCGGAGACAUUUACACGAGCGGAAGAAUCAUAAACCCAUCCGAUAUCCGACUGAAGGAGGCCAUUUCCGAGAAGGAGACCGCAGAAGCCGUCGAGAAUCUGCUCAAACUCCGAGUCGUCGACUACCGAUACAAACCAGAAGUGGCCGACCAUUGGGGACUGUCGGAGAGCCAACGCCAAAGGACCGGACUGAUUGCUCAGGAGCUCGCAGAAGUACUCCCGGACGCCGUGCGCGACAUCGGAGACUACUUCACAAUCGACGAGUCGCGGGUGUUUUACGAAACCGUCAUGGCCACGCAGCAACUGUGCCGAAUGACCGGCGACCUGGACCACAAGAUCGACGACAAGGUCGAGGAGAUCAGCAAGAGACUGUCGGAGUACGCGCGGAGGAAGAAGCUCGCCAGCUCGAUGGGCUCCAACCUGAACGGAGACAACAAGAGCCUCUCGUUCUCCCGCUGCUCGCUUGCUUCCACCGUCACCAAUGCCACGAAGAAGGAGAAGAAGAGUAAGAAACGGCAGGCGAUCAAGGCGGCGCAGUCCUGCGGGAACAAGAUGAGCCAGGGGACCAUCGUGACCCUCGUCUCCAUCAUGGCCGCCUGCCUGCUCGCAAUGUCCGCUCUUUACGUGCUCGAUUGGCACAACAGAAACUACGGAUAUCAUCAGAACUACGAAGUGCCCGGAUCCGCGAAGGGAGAGCCCGCCAAUCUCGUUGUGUCUCCUUGUAAGUUUCCAGACUCCGCGAGCUGUGUCAUCUGCUCCGUUUCAGCCGACUACAUGCCCUCAUUCCAACCCGACGCCCCCAUUCUACUCGACCAAUGCUUCAAUCCCACUUGCAAAACGUUCUGCUGCACGGACCAGCCGCCCGUUGUGGAGGAUUCCGGAGCCAUUGCCACACAUGUAAGCCCCUUUUCUCCUUUUCUCUGGAACAUCUUCUAAUAUCAAUUGUUUUCAGGGCCUUCACAACGGCGAAGAGAUCAUUCCGCCAGCUCAGCCGGCGGUCAACAAGACUGCCGGAAUCGCGAGAGCUCCAGUCUUGGAGCACGUUGCAUUCGGAACUGGCGUCGAGAUCAGACUCCCCGCGUUGAAUGUGACUCUGGAUCAGAGAUACUGUAUCGAGCGAAGCUGCAACAAACGGAAAGGAAUCUUCAAUGUCUACGUGCCAGUCUCCAGAUACUUCCCCGAGCAGGCUCUUGAAGUUGAGAUCAAGUAAGAGAGUUCCCCUAACAUUUGAAUCGAUUCCAACCGUAUUCUUUUCAGCAUUCCAAUUUCCAAAGUGAUCAGCAACUGCGGAGCCCUGCCAGAGUUCAACCACAAAGUGUGCCCAUUAAGCCGCACCCAACAGAGCUCCACCGAGUUUCCGACCUCGAACCGCGUCUUCGACAACAUGUUCGAGCUCUCGAUGGGCACUUUCAUCCAAUCGGCCUACCGCUUCCGCGUCGGCUACUCCACCGAGAGCUGCUUCAGUGACGAGGCGAACGGACUUUACGAGGAGUACAAUCUCAUCUUCUACCGCAUGUGUAAGCUGUCAUUCAGUAAUCGCUCAAGACAUUCAAUUCUUUCAGGCACUCUAUCAACUUCAUAA